UUUAAAUAAUAAUAACGAUGUUUAAGCAUAAUGUAGAUCUGUUGCUCUCUGCCUGGCCAGAAAACCAUCUGACUGUAAAAUUAUCAGCUUUUCUCAUCAAAUAAUGUAAUUAUGUUUCUAUAAAUGGCUGCACACUGCUUGCUUUAGGGGGAUUGCUUCGAAUCGAACAUCAUGCAUGAGUGUGUAUGAGUGUGUGUGUGUGUGUGUGCAUCCUCCCGAAGAUGCGACUGAUGGAUGCGAUUGCUGCGGUCCAAGAGUAACGCCUUGUCGCUAUCAUUACUGCUCAUCCCUCACAGACUGGGAGCGAGGAGGACAGAGAAAGGCGGCUGUUGCUCGUGACAAUUUGUUUUUUUGUUGCAUUCAGCAUGAACUAUCAAACCGUCCAUGGGUUCGGAGCGGGUGGAGAUGCGUAAGAGACAGAUGCAGGUUCAUCAGGAAGCAGCUGCCAGUGUCCUCCAAGCGCGCCACAGAAUGGGAAACACCCCCACCAACGCCUCUAACGCCUGCUGCUUCUGCUGGUGCUGCUGCUGUAGCUGCUCCUGUUUGACUGUUAGGAGUGAGGACGAGACAAUACAGAGGUCCACUUUUGAGCGCAGGACAGAGGGAACCAACAAUUGUGAAGAAAGCCCGAAGCCCACUCUGGAAGACGCUCGCUCCUGGCCCAUGUCGUUUGAAAAGGUGAUGAAGAGUGCAGCGGGCCGCGGCUGCUUCAGGCAGUUCCUGAGGACGGAGUUCAGCGAGGAGAACAUGAUGUUCUGGUUCGCCUGCGAGGAGCUCAAAAAGGAGACCAACAAGACUGUGGUGGAGGAGAAAGUCCGUCAGAUAUACGAGGACUUCAUCUCAAUCCUGUCCCCUAAAGAGGUCAGUUUGGACUCGCGUGUUCGAGAAGUGAUAAACCGCAACAUGCUGGAGCCCACCUCGCACACGUUCGACGACGCGCAGCAGCAGAUAUACACGCUGAUGCAGAGAGACUCAUACCCUCGCUACAUGAACUCAACUGCGUACACAGAUCUGCUGAAGAGCCUGGAGGAGCCUCCCCCCGAGCCAUAGACCCACCAUUGACACACACUUAGCUUUUGAAAAUGGCGCAUGCGUCCCACCCGAAGGAGUUCUGUGUUCCUGUUGGAGUACCGCUAUUUAGAGAAAGACAGACAGGAAAAUGACCACUUCUUAAAACCGGUCGUCACCCAGCUGUUAAGUGCGGUUUAUUUACCCAUGAUUAGCUUACCAAAAUACUCGGAGCAAACAAGAACAAAUGCUUCAGCAUCAGUUAGGCUACUUGUUAGAAAACAUAUCUAUAUUUUUAUAUAUUCCCUAGCUUGACAUUGCACUUUUCUACCUUGUUUAAUGAGGGAAAGCAUGCAUCUGUGAGCACUGCAUUUGUAUUUAGGUAUAUUGUGAGCCUUAAUGCAUAUCCAGUUCUUAUAGAAACUACUAGGUUUUAUUUAACAGUAACUUAUGAAGAAGGAAAGUGCCUUGGAAUAAGAUCUUCUACACUAGCACCUUUGGUCUAACGUGGAUGGUGCGACAAUGACUUCAUAUGUUGGUGCUUUCAGCUCUUCUCAAAGAAAAAAAGUUUAUACAACUCGAUGAGCUGAGAACCGGAAAUAGAUCUUGUCUGUGUGUUUCAAUACUGUGAUAUUAGUCAUAUUAUGUUUAAUUUAAACAAACUGAAAUACAUGACCAUGACCACUGAUAUAUUUGUGUAUUUUAAAAGAUAUUUGUGCAAAAUAGAUAUUUUAAUUCUCACAAAUUAAAUAAAGCACAAUCGUAUGUU